UAACAAAUACAUGAAGUUGCCAGAUACUUCAAAAAAGAUCAAAUAUUCGAAAUGAACAGUUAAUUGGAUCUAUUUGCAAUCAAAGCAAAAAAGGGAAAACAAAAAGAACGGAAUGGAGGCAAUAAGGGAGUAUUUUUUAAAAAGCGAAAAUUUUGGGCACCGUCCUGCCGAUAUUGAAUACGCAAUACGGUUUGUUAAUUCUGAAUACAGGCACACACAGGGGUGUACAGUAGAAAACGUAGAGAUAUUGCGUACAUUCUCGCCGUUCUUCGUCACAUACGACGAACUGCACGUGAGACAGUUUGAAACAGGUCGUGGCAUUCCUUCCAAAAUUAAAAUGCUGGUAAUUGCGGCCCAUACUGCUGAGCUGGACAGCCGUUUUGCAGUGCUCCACAUUGCGGUGGCAGUCACAGAAGACACGACCAUGGGCAAGGACAAGAUACAGCUCCAUGUGCAACGUGUGCUGGACCGCAUAGGAGGCAUGAAGGAGAAUGGUAUAACCUUUUCCAAAAAAGUACUAGGGGUCAUCAGCGACGGCAAUGCUGCAAAUGCAAAAGCAGAAUUUCACACAUACCACUACGCGCAUUUGCCGGUGCUGCGGGACUAUAUACAUCUAAAAAAUAAUUUGGCAGAGCGGUACCGCUAUACAGACCGAGUAUUGCGGAGGGUAUAUAUGAGGAGCAUAUUCAAGAAGAGUACUUGGCAAUCGGUGUUGGACCAGGCAGAUGCGGCUGCAGCGCUGUCUCCUCACCGGGAGUACAAGGAGAGGCAGUUGGCCAACUUACGAUUGGUUCUGGAAAAGUUUUUCGGACUGUGCCCAUCGGACCAAAUCAGCCUGCACAAUGUCAAUACGGAUGAGUUGGAGGUAUUCCAAACAUGCCUGCAGGGGGAGAUUAGCUUGUUGGCAGCCGGGUACGUACCGGAGCUUCGGAACAGAGAGACAGCGCCAAUAUUUCUGGCCCAAUUUGCAGGAGUGUAUAUGAAGCUGCAAGACAUUAGGUAGUA